GCAAACAGACCCAUCCCGUCCCGAUUUAUCCAGUCGUCGUCAGCGCCCGUCUCCGGUUAAGGCUUUCGACCUCCCGCUUUCGAUAUUAUCGAUACAGUCAGUUCAUCGACGACUAUCAACCUUCAAGAUGUCUCUCAAGGACGAGUUUGCGACGAGGAACUUCAGUAUUUACGGACAAUGGCUUGGAAUCUUGUCUAUGCUCCUAUGCUUUGCGCUGGGUGUCUCGAACCUGUUCUAUCUUUUCCUCCACCCUCUCAUCAUCAUCUUUGCCAUCUUCGCUCUUGUCUCCUGCUUCGUCAUCCUCUUCAUCGAGGUACCCCUCCUACUCCGAAUCUGCCCUACCUCGGCCUCGUUCGAUGCUGCGAUCCGCAAGGUUUCGACUAACUACAUGCGUGCCGCUACUUACGGCGUCAUGGCUAUUAUCCAGUGGGUUAGCAUUGCCGUCGCUGCAACGUCCUUGAUCGCCGCCGCCGUCGUCCUAACAUUCACGGCUCUUUGCUAUGCCCUUGCUGGUGUCAAGGGUCAGGCCUUCGUCGGAAGCAAGACGCUAGGCGGUGCAGGUGUUGCACAAAUGAUCGUAUGAUCGGGUAAUAAUGUGGACAAGUCAACAACCUCGAAGGCUAGGCAAACGCACUACUACUACCCCUUGGCUUAUAUAGGGGGUAGCUGACGAGGAAAUAUUACUACCAAUAUGAUCAACGAACGCCAGGGAAGCUUAGUAAAAGGAGUUGUGUCGCGUGGAGGGAGUGUAGCUUUUGGGUCAUGUUCUUUUAUGCAGAAGGAGGGAAAAGGGAGGGUUUGCAUUGUCUUUUGAUGUUUAGGGAACGGCGUAACGGAAUACGAUGCAAGCAAGACGGCUGCGGAAUGUUCUUGUUUUCCCGGACUCGUUAAUGCAUCCAGAAUGGAAGAGAUACCCCAGUCUGGUGCUGGUGUUUUGAAUCGGAUACCGCUUUUGAACCUCUUAUCGUCGCUGUGCUACUUGG